AUGAAACAUUUUUGGAAGGGCAGCUUUUAUGUAUUCUUUGCACUAACGUAUCUGGCACUGUCUCUUGAGGCUCUGAAUAUGUUUAAUGUUCAGAAAGAUCUGGAUUCUGGAAAAACAGGUCUUGAGGCAAGCCUUGCAGCAAAUGAAAUGGCAAAAAACGAUGAAACAUAUGUACCAGCACUUAGAAUGGCCUUAUCAAAGAGAAAUAUUGAGAUAUCUGUAAGCCUUGCAGUACAUACUAUCCACUUUCUUGCAUGCAUUAUGUUCUUUGUAACAAGCGCAAGAAAUAAAAGUUUGAAGUUCAUAGACAGGCUGUUUGGCAACAUCGUCAAAGUAGGGCUUGUGUUUUUAACGUUCAUGCUGAGCAUGCUGAUGAUGGAUGUGAUAUUGGACUAUACUGUUGUUCUUCUUGGUAAAAACACACCGCUCGCAACAGUGUUAUUAAUAUGUUUUUUUGCCGUUGUGAUUGUCUUCCCCGUGUUUGUGUUUAUAUCUACAAAGCUAUUGAGGAUAUUCGGCACUAGCUUCAUAAUAGCAUGCUACCUGUCGUACUUUGUGCUGGAGGUAUUGGAGAUUGUGUUUAUUUCAGGCGUGAACUCUGCCAAGAUGGUCAAGGUAGCGCCAGCGAUAUUUUCCGAAAGCGUACAGACGGUUCUGAACGAGCAGGGAUUGUCUCAGUCCAUAUACAGGGAACAAAUACCUGGAAAUGAUGUGAAUGCAGCGCUUAUAGGGAUUGGAAGCGAAGAAAGAAUAGAAAUAUAUGGAAGCAUGCAAGGCAUAGAUAAAAGGGAAUUGGAGUCGAUAAUGAUGCACGAAGCAGGCCAUUCGUAUCACAAAAGUCUAACAAAAAAGAUUCUUGUGUUUUUCGGGCUUCUGAUUGCUGAGCUGGCAAUCUUGGUUUUUAUUUUUAGCAAGUAUGCAGAUAAGUUUGUAUGUGAAGGCAUCACGAAAGAAUAUUCAUUUCUUGCUCUAGCAUGCAUUUACUUUGUGUCGAUUAGACCAUGGAUAUUUGUUUUGUACAACCUUACAUCGCAAAGCACAGAGGUAUCUGCAGACAUUAUUACAAAGAAGUAUAACUAUAACAGCAUAUUAGCAAGUGUUUUAUACAAAAUAUCUAUGCAAUCCUUUGAGUUUAUAGCACCUUCUUCGAUGUACAACCUGCUGAACUCCUUGCAUCCAAGCACACUGUCCAGGAUUGAAUAUUUAAGCAACUGA